CCAAGGGUGAAAGGUUGGAAAAUCGGUGAAGCGUGUUAACAAAGUCAGAGCAGCUGAGAACGAAUAUACAAGAGUACCCAGCAACAAAUAGUGUUUAUUUUAUUUAUUAGAACUAGGGAUAUAUUUGAACGUUAUUAUAUUUUUAAUGAAUCGUUAAUAAUGCAAAUCUACUUAAUUUUCGCAUGAGGUUCGUAGAAGAUUUAUUUCUGAAACGACGUGCUGAAAGUCAGCAGAGAAAUCGUCUUCAUAAUAUUCAUCGAAACUUGUUGCUUUUUGUUGUGGUGUGGUGGUGCAUGUCCGCCUGCUAAAUCUACUAAAUACACACGUACUUAACAAUACAGGGCCUGCGCUUUAACAUGGUCUUAAAGCCUUGUCCGGUAUGUAAUCAACAGGUACCUGUUGCCUGCAAGUCAUGUUUUUGUGGUCACAUCUUUUUCACAAACCGCCGAGCAAAGAGUCCCAGUCCUCCAGUAACAGCAGACCAAAAUGGAAGUACUUCACGGAGAAGAGCUGAACGACCAAAGAAAGUUAGAACUGAUUAUUAUGGACCAAGUGCAUUUGAGCACAGGAUGGAUAAGCAAUUGAGUACAAAUAGCUCACGAGUGAGAGAAAGAUCGGCAUCAUUUGGUGGAGAAGCCUCGCCAAAGAAACGUAAACCAGGAAGACCAAAGAGUACCUCUGGAAAAUCAAACGAUGAUGAAAAGGAAAAGAAAGAAGAAGACGUUUAUGCUACUCUAUCGGAAGACAAAGCGUUCAUCUACUCCAUAAUACUUGAUGAGAUCAACUGCAAACUUCAAAAACAAUGGAGAGGACCAACAAAAGAUAAGUCUGUUGUUACCCCCAAUGGAGUCUCUGACUAGCAUGCAUACUAAUUCUUCAGUUGUAAUCUUUGUACAUUUGUAUUAUAUUUUUUCAAUAUGAGUAGACCCAAAGGGUCUACAGUUUGUAGAAACCAGCAAUAGUUUAAUUUUAUCGUUUGUUUACAAAGCAAAGAUUUUAACAAGAUAGCGUUCUCCACGAUUUACCCGUAACAAAUAGAAGUGUCGAUUUGGCACAGAAAAGUAAUCAGUUUUGGGAGAGGGCGUCCUAGUCGUUGCCAUGGAUCUGAGAUAGGGUGUUCGCGUUACGCCAUAAGUUCGUUACCAAGUACGUUAAUUUGUUCCUUAUGUUCUAAAGAGAGGGCGCAUUGUAAAUCAGACGCUUCUAAUUGUUACGCGUAAACGUAAAGUCGCGCGGCGUACGCUAUGGUCGGAGAGGUCAAGGUUCAAAAGUUUUCAAUUUUGCAAGAGGCCGCUUGUAUUGUAGCUGUAUGUUGCGGCGCCCCCGCCUUUAUAAUACCGUAAAACCUUAAAUUGAAGCCCUGGGCUUCUUUUCUUUGCGAACUUUGCACGGGCUUCUUUUCGAGAUGGGCUUCUUUUCAAGACUACUUUUGCAAAGUAAAGAGGGGGCUUCUU